GGAGGAGGGAGGCUGAAAGAGGAGGAGGGGGUGGAGGGGAGGCAGUGGGACAGAGGGAUGCCGGGAGGCGCCGCCUGAUGUGAACAGCUCAGUCUUGGUGCAGGAGAGCAGAGGAGCUCUGUAGCUGCCGUCCGCUCCCAGAGCUUUUCAUGUCAGGGGCCACACUGCUCGCGAGGUGCUCGCAGGGAGGAGGAUGAUGACCAUGAACGGCAAGCAGCAUUUCUCCAUGCACCCGGCUCUGCACGAGCCCAAGUAUCCCGGCCUGCACUCAGGCUCGGAGGGCAUGCGCAGAGUCUGUCUGCCCGCCCCGCAGCUGCAGGGCAAUAUAUUCGGAGGCUUUGAUGAGAGCCUGCUGGCACGGGCAGAGGCUCUGGCGGCUGCUGACAGCAUUGUCUCUCACGGCAAGAGUCACCCGUUCAAACCAGACGUGACUUACCAUACCAUGAGCAGUGUCCCCUGCACCUCAGCCUCCUCUUCUUCCUCCACCACCGUGCCCAUCUCCCACGUCCCCUCCACCAUCGCCUCCCACCACCAUCACCACCACCUCGGACAGACCCUGGAGGCCGGGGACCUCCUGGACCACCUCUCCACCAGCCUGGCCGUGAGCGGGAUGGGGGCUCCGGAGCCUCCCGGGAUGACCACGACGGCGCACCACCACCAGCACUCUCACCACCACCUGCAGACCAUGGGGCAGCUGCACCAGGCGAUGGCCAACAUGGCCCACCCUCACUCCCUGUCCGUGCACGGCGGCAUGGCGUGCGUCAACGACGUGGAGUCGGAUCCAAGGGAGCUGGAAGCGUUUGCGGAGAGGUUCAAGCAGAGGAGGAUCAAACUCGGAGUGACCCAGGCGGACGUCGGGUCGGCGCUGGCUAACCUCAAGAUCCCCGGAGUGGGCUCUUUGAGCCAGAGCACCAUCUGCAGGUUCGAGUCCCUCACCUUGUCCCACAACAACAUGAUCGCGCUCAAGCCGGUUCUCCAGGCCUGGCUGGAGGAGGCGGAGGCUGCGUACCGGGAGAAAAGCAGCAAGCCGGACCUUUUCAACGGGAACGAGAGGAAAAGAAAGCGCACCUCCAUCGCCGCGCCGGAGAAGCGCUCUUUGGAGGCGUACUUUGCCAUCCAGCCUCGGCCCUCCUCGGAAAAAAUCGCGGCCAUCGCCGAAAAACUGGACCUGAAAAAGAACGUGGUUCGAGUGUGGUUUUGCAACCAGCGGCAAAAACAGAAACGAAUGAAAUACUCUGCGGUGCACUGACUUUCACACAUCAUGAAUAAAAUAGCCUACUACAUUUUUGAUCGAGUGAUUAAUAAUAGCCUAAGUAGCCUAACUAACAGGGAUUUAUCAACACGUCUCAUCUGGGAUUAUAUCCAAAAAGACUUCUUCAUUUCGUCUCACUCACUCUUCGUUGUUGCACUUUUUUUUCUCAUUAAUAUGGGACUCAUAAAUAGAUUUAUUAUGUAUGGUAUAGUUUUAAUAUGUAUGUUGCACACGCUAAAUGUGAACUUUCAUCAGACCCACCCUGACAGUUUGUCACAUUCAGGGAUAUUCACUCACUUUUUUUUUUAAAUGCUACAUUAUGGGAUGUUUAAUUGUCAGAGGUGUUAAACUGAAGAUUUUGAUGAUAUCGUGAAAAGUUGAUGGAUUUCUCUGUAAUGUUGGUUGAGUUUCUCCUCCACAUCACUGGCUCACAUGUGCAGACGUACACCAUGCUAUCUUGAACUGUGUUCACUUUAUUUUUAAUCUUUGAAUUCAGAUGAUAAUGCGAGUUCAAUGAUGAGAGGUUAAAGUCACCUUUUAAAUCUUUUUUUUUGCAAACUUCGUAAACUGUUUGAUGGUCUUUUACGCACAAAUAUGAGUAAUUACAGUGAUGUAAUUUCACAAGGUAUGAAACACUGUUUAGAAAUGGAAACGACACCGUCCUAUAUGAAGCACAUCCUGCUGCUAUAUUUGAGUAUUUUGAUGUGAACAUGUUUUGGAGCAUUACAGGUGAGCUAUGUAUUUAUUAUGUAGCCCGUAUA